AGAUCUCUAAUGCUACGCGGUCUCAUAUAAAUGAGCUGAGAUUAAAUAUACAUAACACGCGUAGAUCUGCUUGUUUAUAUCCGUCCAGCUCCCCGCAGGUUUUGGUUGUUAGGGUGUCCUUUUUAUCAACAAAAUCGUCGAGUAACUAUGGCUUCUUCGGGCUCUAGUGGUGGUUCUGGCUCUUCUGAAGAACACGAAGCAUCAGUGAAUCAAGCAAAACCAAAUUUUUCUAGAAAAAUUUAUGACAUCGAACACCUCGAUCCGGAAGUCGAAGAAGCUGUACGCAAGUACCGAAAACAGAUUGCGGCUAGCGAAGGGUUUGAUUGUGAUGAUUAUCCUCCUGAUAUCGGUGAGGUGGGUUAUAUUGUACCGUAUCUCAUGCCCAACAGAGAGUUUCGUAAUACUAAAAAUAUGAAUGAACUCAUCAACUCCUCGAUGAUAGCAAUGAUUGACUACAAUGAGAAACAUGAUACAAAUUUCAAGUUUGUGAAGGUGUUGAAGGCAAAUUCGCUGGUUGUUCAGGGUGUCAUUUUUUAUAUUACCUUUGAGGCUAAGGGUGAUGACAAUGAUGCUGAUGAGGGUGAGACUGAAAUGUUUCAAGCUAAGGUGUAUUUUGGGAAUUGGGACGGUAGAGCCUGAGCUCAUGAUGUGCAGGCUCAGACCUAAACAGGCAAGUGAAUGCAGUAGAGCUCUUUGCAAGUGAAUGCAGUGGAGUUGUUUGAAGCAGUUUAAAGCAAUUAACAUGAUUGUUAAUCGUUUCGCUCUGUUGCUGUAGUCGUACUGGGACUUGGUAUUUCUUAUCAGUAGUUUAGAUAAUUAUACCAUGUUGGAUUACUUUAUAAUCUCUGGUUAUUUUAUAAUACAUGAGUGGCAAAACUUUGGACUUUGUAUUUUGUGUAGG